UCCUGAUAAGCCUAAUCGUCUCCCCAUGAAUCAAUAGGCACCGUUCAAUGAAGCAUAUAUGCAAGUGGCUCUGGUUUUGGUUAUGGGUCCAAGUUUUUCAGGUCCAUGGCGAUGGCGACGGCCUUCAUUGCACUCCAAUGCUGCCAGUGCUCCACCAUGCAGGUCAAGCAGCAGAAGAAGAGCAGCAACAAAUGGGUGUGCGUGGUGUGCAACCAAAAGCAAUCAAUUCUGAAGGUCUUUGCUCGCUCUUUCAUGGCCAAAGACGUCAGAAAAUUUGUCCAGAGCUGUAACAUGACCAGAAGCUUCACAGAUCAAGCUUUGAUAUCUCUGGGAAAUGAAAAUCAGGUUCCGGAAAAUGGUUUUCAGGUAAUGGAAGACCAGUUUUCUGGUGACAUUUACAGUCAGAGCAAGUGGUCUGAGUACUUAGAUGAAGAAGACAUAAAAAAAACAGAGGUGGAAGAGGAAGAAGAUAGGGGAGACGAAACUCCAAGGAUAGUUACUGAAUAUCGAAAAGAGUUGUUCAAGAGAAGCAAGCAGAGAACCUCUAUGAAUUUGCAGAGCAAAGAGACCAGGUCCAACUUCAAGCCUGUUUUCUCAAAAAGGAAAGAAAGAUCAACAGCACAAGGAUCCAUGGCUUCAGAACCUCAAAAUUCUCUCAGAAAACGCCCAUGUAAAUGGAGCGAUUACCUGGAAGAAAAUGGCAGUCAAAUUGGUGAGUUUACAAUAGAAUCAGAAGCCCAAGACUGUAGUGGAGCAAAUGUGAUGACCCAUUUGCAUGAUGAAGUAUUUGAGGAAGAUAUUCAUCCUGAUUUUAAGUGAUCGUACUUUCUUAAAUGAUAUGACAGUCAAAUCCUGGCACAAAAUUAAAAUUUAAGCCAACCCCAAAUGUAAUUCAUAGAAUGUUCAUCUACUAAAGAGGAAGAACAGAGAUUUGGAGUACAGGUAUCAUGUUUCACAUAGUUUUGGCCUUUCUGUUAUUCUUCUUUUUGGAUUUUUGUAUGUUUCUGAUAGUACACCUCUAUUAAGCCAAGGAAGGAUGGGCCCGUAGAUAAAGCAAAUUAGCAAUGAUCUUGUGGGUGAGUUA